AUGGAGAGCAACACACAAAGAUCACCUCUGACUUCAUGGAGGGACUGUUUUGUAUUGAAGCGGAUCCGCAUGUUGACCCCUGUUGGGUUGAAAGCAGAAACAAAAAUGUUGUUCAAGCUGUCAGGACCAGUGAUUUCCUCCCGUCUUUUGACUUAUACACUGGGUUUUGUAAGUGCUAUUUUCUGUGGCCAUCUGGGUAGGGUGGAGCUGGCAGGAGUGUCUUUGGCUACAUCAGUUAUUAAUGUUUUCGGUAUAUCUAUUGGAUACGGUUUGGCUUCAGCAUGUGAUACUCUGAUUUCUCAGAGCUAUGGGGGCCGGAACCUUCUGGGAAUUGGGGUCAUUAUGCAGCGGGCAAGCCUAAUUUUGUUACUGUCCUGUUUCCCAUGUUGGGCAAUUCUCAUUAACACAGAGAGCCUUCUUUUGGCUGUCAAACAAGAGCCAGAGGUGGUCAGGGUGACCCAGUUGUACGUGAAGGUCUUUAUGUCAGCUCUUCCUGCUUCAUUCAUGUAUUCAGUUCUAAGAUGUUAUCUACAAAACCAGAACAUCAUAUGGCCGCCGGUAGUUACAGGCCUUAUUGUCAACAUUCUCAAUGUUGUCAUCCAGUACAUCUUCCUCUAUGUUUUAGAUCUUGGAGUAGCAGGGUCUGCUGCUGCCAACGCCAUAUCCCAAUACUGCAUGGCUGCAUUGUUGUAUGCUUAUAUCAUUUGGAACGGUCUUCAUAAGCCCACCUGGGGAGGCUGGUCUAAAGAGUGCCUGCAGGACUGGAGCGCAUACUUCCACUUGGCCAUACCCAGUAUGUUCAUGAUGUGUGUUGAGUGGUGGUCGUAUGAGAUUGGAACCAUUUUGGCAGGUCUAAUAAGUGAGACGGAGCUUGGGACUCAAUCCAUUGUGUUCCAAGUGGCAACUGUUCUAUAUCAGUUACCCUUAGGUUUCUGUGUAGCUGGCACUGUAAGAAUUGGACAAGCGCUGGGAGCUGGAGACACAAAGCACGCUAAGCUGUGUGCUAAACUGACAAUAUUAUAUGCAGGGUUCAUAGCUUUGUGUUUGAUAAUUUUACUUGGCAGCCUGAAGGACAGGAUCUCAUAUAUCUUUUCAAAUGAUGAACAAAUCCGGCAAAGGGUUGAUGAUUGUUUGACUGUAUUUGUUCCAUUCAUGUUCGUAGAACCAAUCUUUGCUGCCGUGGGAGGCAUUUUAAAAGGAGCAGGUAAACAGAAGAUUGGGGCCAUCAUUAACAUUUUGGGAUUUUAUGGUAUUGGUUUUCCCAUUGGUGUGCCACUGAUGUUUGCAGCCAAAUUGGGAAUUAUUGGUCUAUGGAUAGGCAUUCUUAUCUCUGUGUUGAUGCAGACCAUAUUCCUAUCUGCUUAUUUGGUCAGAAUGAACUGGAAGGAAACUACAAUAGAGGCUCAAAUCAGAGCAGGUGUGUGUGUGAGCUCUACAGAGACAAGUCCAAAACCAUGUGAUCCAGGGGACUCACAGUACAGUGCAGGAACAGACACCAUGGAGCUGGUUGACCGUGAGGCGGGGCCCGCAGGGAUACCAGGGGAGGAGGAGCUAUCUCUCAGAAAUCUGCUUCUGCGCAGAGGCCUGGUUCUGGCUAUCAUGCUCUUUAUCCUGGCUGCGGGAAUCGUUAUUAAUCUGCUGCUCAAUCACUUGUUUAAUUCAUUGUGAGCAAAGUAUUUUGUAUUCAGCAACCCGAAGAAUUUGAAGUUACCCCUUAGGCACUGAUGGACAAUCUGAUACAGAUGUUUGUAUGACAUGAUACAACAGCAGGACGUGCAGAAGAUAGUCACAGGUGCAGACGAGCAGAAAUAAAUACAUUUAUCUCUAAUACAUAACUCAUGAAUUCUUAUUUACGUAAC